UUUAACAACAUUAAAGACAGGAGCUGAGCUAUAAGUGGAUACGCGUAAUUUCAUCACUCAUCCAUUGCAGUAGUCUUACCGAGCAUUCCUAGGACUUGAGAGCUUGGUCAUCAUGUUAGUAGGCAGGCUCUGCGCCCGCGGGGCGGCAUUCCGGGCGCGGAGUGUUGCGGUAUGCAUUCCAUCAGUCAGGGCCUCGAGGCCGUUGCUAGCAGCACGCAGCGCUACCAACGACUCGAAGAAUGGCAGCAAGCAUCCAAGCGACUCUAAGGCCCGCAUUCUGCCUGGAGUGGCUUGGGGCUUACACUACUCCCCGCCAGAGGUGCCAACCAGCGCCCACGCCCCCAGCUCGGAGACAGACCUGCCCGAGGCGCACCGCACUGUGGACGCUAUCGUCGUGCUGGCAGGUGGCCAGACUGGGCCUGACUCAGUGCCGGCCUGGGUGGAGCGCCGGCUCGACACGGCGCUGUCGCUGCAGCGGCUGCAGCGGCGCCCUGUGCCCAUCCUAUCACUGGGCGGUGGCACCCCGCACAAGGGCCCCUUCCUGGAUGAGCGCGGCUUUGUCAUACACGAGUCCACAGCCUGCGCGCGCUACCUGCAGGACCGCGGGGCCGACCCCAGCUUGCUGCUCAAGGAGGUCAGCAGCUACGACACGGUGGGCAACGCCUACUUCUCACUCACCAUACAUGCGCUGCCAGCGGGCUGGCGGCGGCUGGCGGUGGUCACGUCCGACUUCCACAUGCCGCGCACCGCCUCGCUGUUCCACGCCAUGUACGGCCUGGCGGGCAGGGAGCUGUUCGCAGACCCCCACAGGUUUGAGCUGCUGUACGUGGCGGCCAGUGACGUGGGCAUAUUCGACCCCGAGGUGCUGGACAUACGCCGGUCCAAGGAGGCCGCCAGCCGUGAGUCCUGGCUGCGCACAGCAGCCGGCUUCAACCGCUUGGCCGACUUGCACCAGUGGCUGCACUCCACGCACCUGUGCUAUGCCGUCAGCCGGCAGGACGAAUUCGGGCAGCAGACCAUCAGCGACCCCAAGCUGCUGGCGUCGUACUGAGGCGCUUUGGGGGCGGGGACUCGGGCGCUGUAGGCCAGGCGCAGCUGCUGCCUGAAUGUGGGAAAGGCCCCGUUUCGCGACCCGCAACCGGAAUUUACUAUGCCAUGCCGCGCGAACGGGAGGGCAUCAUUGCCCGCUACGUGAUGAAUCUGUUGCUUAUGCAGGCUGAAUCUGAGCAUAGCUGUGAGCAGGGGUGCCUGGCUGUUGCGCGCCUCAGAAAGGCGGGAAGGGCAGGAACGGCAGGUGUCAGGCAAAGGCAGCGCCCGGUGCUACAUGUCUGGGCUUGGGACACGGAUGCAUCUCUUGGGCGCGACGUGACUUGUCAUGAUAGCGCAAGUUGACUUCGGAUGGUCUGUCGUGUCAUUCUGCCGGCUUUG